GUGUUACUCCAAAUGAUGAGAAUCAAAUUGACUAUAAUUCAUCUAUAGAAUUGACAACAUGCUUUACUCAAGAUCAGACUAAUACAAGUUCACUAAAUAUUUAUAAUGCUCAACAUUGCGAGGAACAAAUUAAUACUUUACAACUACAUGAUACAAAAUUAGUUAAAAAGAAUGAGCAUCCAGUUUCACUUGUCUCUAGGCGGAAAAGAAAUUCAAAAUAUCCAAAAUGUAAGAAAUGUAAUUUAAGAAAAUAUUACUACAAUGUAAAUCCCAAUAUAAGUAAGGAUUGUUAUCGGGCUUCAUUACGAAUAUUAAGUGGUAAUAAAUUAAUAGACGAUUUUAUUGAAUCAACACAAACUUUUCAUAGUAACUGUAAAAACAAUUCAAAAUUAGAAUUUAUUCCAUAUGAACAAUUUACUAAUAUUGAAUACCUUGCUAAAGGAGGGUUUAGUGAGCAAAAGUACAAACAGAGUAAAAAUUAUAAUGUUGUUUUUAAAAUUCUGAAUAAUUCAGAAAAAAUGGAUGCUGAUUUUUUAAAUGAG